AUGGUGGUCAAGAAAAUCAACCGCGACUGCGCAUACUGUAAGAUUCGUCGAGCGGGGCCAGCAAUACCAUUGAUGGCUCCCCUUCCACAUGCGCGUCUAGCUCACCACGAACGAGCCUUCACAUAUACGGGGCUGGACUACUUUGGGCCACUACUGGUGAAGCUGGGUAGGUCCAAUGUCAAACGAUGGAUCGCAUUGUUUACCUGUCUAACGGUGAGAGCCGUUCAUCUAGAAGUGGCCUACUCUCUAUCAACACAAUCGUGUAUCUCCUGCGUCCGUAGAUUUGUCGGACGCCGUGGACCGCCCGUCGAGUUCUUCAGUGACAACGGAACAAAUUUUCAAGGUGCACAUCGCAUCUUGAAGGAACAAAUUAGCCAGGGACUAGCCACAACGUUCACCAGCACCAACACAAUAUGGAACUUCAUCCCGCCGGGUGCGCCACACAUGAGCGGAGCGUGGGAACGCUUGGUGCAAUCCGUAAAGGCCGCAAUGACAGAAGCUUACGCUGAGGGAAAAUUGGAUGAUGAGGGGCUGCAGACAUUGGUCGUGGAGGCAGACUGGUUGGUAAAUUCAAGGCCACUGACGAACUUACCGCUAGAGUCAGAAGAGACAGAAACGCUCACGCCUAAUCACUUUCUGGUGUUGAGCUCCAAUGGGAACUGGGAACUGAUUAAUCACCAGCUAGAGUUGUUCUGGAAGCGUUGGCUAAAAGAAUAUCUGCCGGUGAUUCGUCGACAACCAGCAUGGUUUGAGGAGUCACGGAAGCUAGUACCUGGCGACCUAGUGAUGGUCGUAGAUCCGUCCAAGCGGAACGGAUGGGAAAGCGGGCGCAUCGUCCACCUGAUUCCGCACCCAGAUGGUCGAUAUCGGCAGGCCAUCGUGCAGAUUCGAGAUGAGAACAUGGUGCGCCCGGUGACACGGUUGGCGCCACUUGACUUGGUGCAGGGCAGUGGAGUUCCGGUAAGUUCCCGACUACACCCGGGGGAGACUGUCAACACAGAAAUUGGCAAGUUGGCAACCCUGUCAAUCGCCCCAAUAGAAGCGGCACCGCAAAAUGUCGAAGCGGCGCGAACAGAAUGA